AGAAUAAAAAACAAGAACUAAGAUUUAGGUACUAAGUUUUAUUAUUUUGAUUCGAAUAAAAUUGAAGACCGGAAAUAAAAAAUGUUAUAAAUGCCAAAAUGUAAUUUUCGAUUUAAAAAUUGUGAGAACGCAAUUUACUUAAGACACACUUGGAAAAAAAAUACAAUUUGUAGUUAAUAUGAUUGUAUAACUUGAAAUUUAUUAUUAGGAAGUUUUUAUUUAGUUUUAUUUCAUUCCACUAGAGUUGGAAAAAAAACAAUUUUUGCAAGAAAUAGUCUUAAUUUUUUUAACUCUAAUUUUUAAUUUUAAAAUAUGCGUCUUAACAUAGGCAACCCAUAAUACUCUACUAGCAAACAACCAUUUAUUGCAAUUGAGGGCGCUGUAUUUGUUCAAAUUUCAGAUAAAAACAGUUUAGGCUGAAUCAUGAUGAUUUGCUAACCAAACCUUUGUUUCGUUAUCUUAAAACUAAAAAAUGAUUUAUCAUUUUGAAUUGAAACGCGGUUCUAGAUAGACGAUGAUACACUGCUAAAAAAUAUGCUUUCGGUUUAGCAUAUAUGUACAAUGUUAAAGCUUUUGAUUUAUUGAUUUUACUUAACUUUGGGUUUGGGAUUUUUGUUUAUUGUUUAAACAUUUUUAACAAACAUGCUUUUCUGAGCUAUUUAGUUCAUCAUAAUUCUAACGAGGAAGCUUUACAAUCAAUUUAUUUUGAAUUCGCCAAAGAGUAGGUAUAUUUUUUUGUUGACUUAUUCACAAAUUUAAACUACCUAGGUACAUUUUCUUCGAUUCUUAUUUUUGACUUUAAUAUAUUUUUUAUUUCUCAAUCUGUUUGCUUUUUGUUGUAAUUAUUUUGGAUUUUCCAAUCUAUAUGAGAUAGAAUGUUUUUUUUUUCUUAAGAAACACAAAAUUGUACACUAUUAACUGUAACAAUAAUUUUUACAACGGGAUUAUUUUUCUUUUUGCGUGCUUUAUUUCAUUACUUUACAAAGCAAAGACAAGGAAAAUAAAGCAAUCCUUGGAAUAAAAAACUUACUUUUUUAAUUGGGUAAUAACAACAAAAAUUACACAAAAACAUGUAAUCGUAAGAAUUUCAGUUUAUAAAUUAUUAAGGGCCAGUCUCAUAAUCGAAUUAAAGGGACUUUAAACUUAAUGUUGGUUUAGAAUGUGAAAUUCUUGUCAAUUAGUCCGUAGUAAUUAGCAAAUUCUAAACAACAUUUAGUUGAAAGCUCCUUUAAAUUGGAUUUUAAAACUAGCUCUAAAUCAUUGAAAUAAUUUAUAUAACAUUAUUGAAAACUUUAACAUUAAUAAGCCAUUCAUUUUAAAGUAGUACUUUUUAAAUAAAAUAUGUAAAAUGCGAAAAGUGUUAAUUUAACACUUGAAGAAGUGUAACAUGUUGGCUGAAGACACAAUAUAAAAUAAUGUUUAUUUAUAUAUUUUUUUAUGCUGUAAUUUAAAAUAUAACUUCUUGCAUUCUUCUUGAGAGAGAAGCACGUAAUAAUUCGACUUAUCUUUUCUGCGAUCAAAACAAUUGAUUAGAUUAAAGUAUAAAUAGAAAGCAAAACCUCGAAGCUUUUAUACAGUGCUCCCGACACGAGUAGAGAGCAGACUUGCACACUGCAUCAAAGUUAAUUCAAAAAAAUGUUUUGGAUAUUGGUUGGGUUAGCAUUAAUUACCCUUUAUUGGGCACUUUCUCGCCACCAUAGCCACUGGAAAAGAAAGGGGGUUGUCCAGGGUAAUCCUUUAUUUCUUCUUGGAAACAGUUGGCCCAUGCUUUUAAGAAAAUACUCACCACCGGAAAUGACAGAAAUUUUUUAUAAGGCCAGUCCAAACACGAGGUAUUUUGGACUUUAUGAUUUCUUAACUCCUAGUUUACUACUCAGAGACCCCAAUCUGAUCAAACAAAUCACUGUAAAAGAUUUUGAUCAUUUUGUCGAUCGACGACCCUUUGUGUCAGAAAAAGCUGACCCUCUAUUUGGCAAAAGUUUAUUUUCUCUGAAAGGGGCAAAAUGGCGUGAAAUGAGAUCCUCACUUAGUCCGGCAUUUACAAGCAGCAAAAUGAAAUACAUGUUUUCACUAAUGUCUCAAACUGCUGAAGAAUUUAUUAAUCAUUUUCUGAACCAAAAAGAACAAGUUAUCACUGUUGAAAUGAAAGAAAUUACCACGAAAUUCGCAAAUGACAUUAUCGCAAACAUAGUUUUCGGAUACGAAUGCAAUUCUCUAAAAGACCCGAAUAAUGAGUUUUACGUAAUGGGGGCUGAUCUAACCAACUUUCGUUCGUUGAGAUUUAUGCUAGUUUUUGUUGGCAACGUCAUUGCUCCAAAACUAUUGGGGUGGUUAAAAAUUCCACUGUUCCCAAGAAAAGUUUCCAACUUCUUUACAAGAGUGGUAAAUGAAAAUAUAGAAAGUCGUGAAAAACACGGAAUUGUCAGACCUGAUAUGAUCAAUCUACUAUUAAAACUGAAAAAUAAUAAUUUGAAACACGACGAUGUGGGAACUGUUCCGGAUACUGGUUUUGCUUCAGUCGAAGAAUCUGAAAUUAGCAAAAAUGAGAAACUUGGACUGAGAAAAAUAACAAAUGAGGACAUUGCUGCCCAAGCUCUUUUAUUUUUUUUUGCUGGUUACGAUAGUGUUUCAACGCUUAUUUCUUACAUGGCAUAUGAAUUAGCUGUGAAUCCAAACGUACAAACUAAACUGCUAGAAGAAAUUGACGAAACUAUGGAAAAAUGUGAUGGAAAAAUAACCUACGAGGCUCUAAUGAAUAUGAAAUACAUGGAUAUGGUUGUGUCAGAAGCCUUACGUAAAUGGCCAAAUGCCAUAGCCACUGAAAGAAUCUGUACGAAACCAUACAUAAUUGAACCAAAAUUGCCCAAUGAGAAGCCUCUCCGUUUAGAAAUAAACGAUGUGGUAGUCAUCCCAAUGUACGCAAUCCAGAGGGAUCCUCAGUACUAUUCAGAACCCGAGCGUUUUAUUCCAGAUCGAUUUAGUGACGAAAAUAAAGCAAAAAUGAAUCCGUACACGUUUAUGUCGUUUGGGACAGGACCAAGAAGUUGCAUCGGGUCCAGAUUUGCUCUUCUUGAAACUAAACUUUUGUUCUAUUAUUUUUUGACGAAUUUUGAAUUCACUCCAAUUGAAAAAACGCAAAUACCUAUCAAAUUCAAUCGUAAAUCUUUGAAUAUGUCGCCGGAAAAAGGAUUCUGGUUGGGUCUUAAACGGCGUGCAUAAUAUGCUGAUUAUUACGAUUAGUUAUUUACGUAAACAAAAGUAUAAAUAUUUUUGUACGAAAAUUAAGGAAUUAAAUAUAGCAAUAAAACGUAGUUUUGAUA